CGUAUGUAGUAGCUGGAGAACUGAACAAGAGCGAAGCGGAGCGCUUGUACGCGGCAGCGCUGGCCAAGUUAUCCGAGUUUUGUUCGGUUGCCUGUAUACAAAGUGUCGAGACAAAGAGUUUGCGUAAAUAAUAGGAAAAAUCUAUCCACUGCGGAGAGUCGCGAGCAGAGUCCGAGAAGGAGCCAGCCCCGCGCGGAUCAUCGUCCAUCAUCCCGGGGUAGCUCGUCGAGUGCGCAAAUCGCAACAGUAGUCGCAGUUCGUACUCAUUUUUCACGAUCGUCGACGACUGCGCGUGCCCCCUCCUCCCUCCCCCAACCCUGGAAAAUAUAUAUGUAUAAUCAUCGUUCGCAACAAAACCAACAUUCGAAGAACGAAAGAGAGAGAGAGAGAUAUAUAUAUAGAGAGCGGACCAGAGAAACAGCCACGCAUUAACACUUUUAUAUAUAUAUGUGUGUGUGUGUUCAUAUAUGUGAUUAUAUAUAUUAUAUAUAAAAGCUAAAGCUAAUACAAAAGCCACCGUCGCCGCUGCAUAGCCGCUUUGGCCCGACGAGUAGGCCGAAGAAGGCAGCAGGCAACACACGGAAACGCACGUUAAAAGAGAGGACGCAUCUUUUGCUCUCUUUCUCUAACGUGUUCACGACAGCCGAAACUCGAAUUGGAGAAUAGUGAGAGCCAUUCUCGCACUUUCACCGUUCCGCGAGCAAUCCGAGUGCGCGCGUGUGUGUGGUGUUGGAGUGCGAAACUACUCGAACCUAUAUACAUUAUACAUAUUUACGUGGUAUCCAGCUCGUGAGAGAACAGCCGAAGAGAGCUCGUCUACGCGACAGCAUCGGCCGAGUCUCGACGAGUCUUCACUGAGACAACGAUACUGUCACUGAGAUUGACCAUUUUCCUACGAACUUGCAAGGACCUUUUCCUAAGGACGAAGCAUUGGGAACAUUAAUUACGCUCGUGGUGUGUGUGUAUACUAAUUAUUAGUGGAUCGGCGCCCGCGCCACCAGCCCUAUCUCUAUUUUUCUUUUCACCCAUCUAUACCUAGCGUUUGUUCUCUCUUCCUUUCUCAAUACGCGCCAUCAUCGCCGCCGCCGCCGCCGCCGCCGCUGCUGCCGCCUUGUAUUUGUGUGUGCGUGCGUGUGUGUUCCACACCGUCAUCCCGAAAAUCGCCGUCGUCCCAACGCCGCACCGCACGGCAUUGACCCACGGCCUGGGAUCCCGAUGUUGGCCGUUGCGAUUGAUGCCCCGUCCUCAUCGCUGUCGUCAACGUCCUUAUCGUCACUGGCAUCGUCGACAUCUCUCGUGUCAUCGUCGCGACGAUCUCGCAACAUAGUCAUCACUCGCUGCAGAGAAUCUAACCAACGUGACAGCCGAUACGCCAAAGCUGGCCAGAGAGCAGUCGAGAACCAUCGACAGGAAGUAGCAAAUCAGCACAAACAUUGUGGCACCAAAAGCACCACGACUGCAGCUGCUGCUCGCUCGUGCCCUACCAACGGACGGUGCCAAACAAUAAUUUUAGAAUCCCGCCAGCAGUUCAGAAAGCUUCAAACCUUCUUGAAGCUUUCGCCGUUGCGUUCAUGGAAUUAUGAAUUUGGACUCGUUGUCUUUUACGUUAGCUCAAAUUUCUCAUCUUGUUUCCGGACUUACUAAGAAAAACUAUUGUGAUAGCUGCGAGGAGAUAGCGCUUUUGGUGCGGUGGAAAGGUCUGGAGGUAGAUAGACAUUUGCUGCGCUGUUUGUUUCUAAUUAUUGACUUUUCCACUGGAGAACCUCCUGAACCUAGCUCAAAACAUUAUUAUCAAGUACAACUACUGAAGCAAGAGUGCAAAACUCUGUUAGGCAAACCAUCUUUUGUAUCCAAUCUUUGCUUUGCCAUUGAUUUCACAUUUCCUCUGCCCAAUACUACUGUGCCAAUUCAAAAAUUUUUUCAGUACAUUCGUAAAGUACUAGGAUUAUCAUUAUUGCAGGAUACUGUGUUUGCAUUAGCUUUGAAACAUUCCAAAACUACUGAAAUAGCCACUCGUGCUAUUGAUCAUUUAAAGCAUCAAUUACCGGAACUGAUAAGAAAUUACAUAAACGCUGAAAGUAGUAAAAAACACAUUAGCGAAGAAGGUCUGCACGAUACUUCUCCUGAAAUCUUGCAUCUUAUCCUUAGUUUUGUGUUCGAGGAGUCAACUACGGUUGAACUCUCCUCGGAAAUUAAAGAAAAAUUUUUGAAAAAUCUGAAACGUGACUUCCCACGUGAGCUGGUACCUGUGGUCUUGGCACCACUACUGUACCCAGGUGACGGGGAGGACACUCAAAAAAUUAUUGAAGUAAACAUGGCAGGAAAUCAAAUGGAUAAUGCAAACUUGGUAGAGAUGAUAAUGGAGCUGGGCUACAGUUUUACCAGCAAUGUUGACGAAUGUCGCAACAAUCUCGUUAGUCUCGGUGCACGAGAUAUGUCAGCUCGUUCUGUAGCCAAAAUUUUGUCUCACAUGGCACGUACUUGCAGUGGCCUAGAUGACGCGGCUGGAUUACAUAGUUUUUGGGAUGGCUCAGCUCAAUCUCAAGAAAAUAAAGAUAAACAAGCCACUGAUCCGCCUAUCACAUGGAAUGUUGAUGUAUUCAUUCAAGCUAUUAAAGAAAUGUGUCCAAAACUAGCAUGGAAUGAAGUGAUAGCAAAAUUAGAUCAUCCAGAAUUCUGUAUCAAAGAUCGCCAAGGACUCAAUCUAUUAAUCAGUGGUCUUAAAUUAGGCAUGAAAAUCCAAGGUUACCCACUAGAUGUUUUUCCAGUGGAAUUAUUUUAUAGACACUGGGAUAAUUUUAAAGGUCAAUUUACUCUAAUCCAGCAAAUAUUAAAAAAUCCAGAUGUGUUUAGUUUUGCCGAUUAUGCUUACCAUCCAGUUCAAAUUGAACAACUGAAAUUAACAGAAAACGAAAGUAAAGAGCACCUCACAUGGAGAUCUUUGAAUGUUGUCGAAGUACUAUUAUUUUUGGGAGACCGCCUGAGUUCAAGUAAUUUGGUACAAGAUAUUUUCAAAUGGCCUAUGUCCAAUUGUCCAGAUGUACUUGCAAUGGCAUUAAUUCAAUCAAAUCAACCCAUUACUGCUUUGAGACAAGAACUUUUGGCGAACUUGAUACCGACUUUUCUUAAUAAUCAUCCAAAUAGUAGUGUAAUUUUUCAUUUUGCUUGGUGCACAAACAAUUUAAAAAUCAAAGGAAUUUUUAUGCAAGCAAUGGCUGAAUGGUAUUUACGUAGCGAUAACGAUCAGGCUCGUUUGCUACGUAUCUUGGAUAUUGCCCAAGAUCUCAAAGCUCUGCAAACUUUUUUAAGCAUUCAAUCUUUUCCCUUCGUUAUUGAUCUCGCAUGUUUAGCAUCACGGCGGGAGUGCCUCAAACUUGAAAAAUGGCUAUCUGAUAAAAUUAGAGACCACGGAGAGGCAUUUGUUACUGCCUGCAUAAAAUAUUUACAAAGAAGGUGUCCUCAAUUAAUGGGUCCCACGAAAGAAGAUCCCAAUGUAUCAAGAAUCAAUCAAUUACCUCAAGAGACGCUUAGCACUAUGCUAAAUUGUCUACAAAAUUGCAUUGGAACUGUAUCACAAGAGUGUGCUGAUGCUAUAGUACAGAUGGUACAAAAUUUCAAUAUAACUUAUAAUAAAGGAUCUAUUAUUCGAAUGCCUCCUCCUGCUAUGAGGCACAGAAAUGUAGAUGCAUUAUCGGGACAGUUGUUCACAAAUAAAUCGGCUGAUAAUGUUACAUCACUGAAUUCUAGUUUAGCAUCCAUGAAUAUAACUUCAAACUUGGGUCCACCAACCAAUACUGGAUUUAAUCUUCAAGGGGGUUUAGGUCCCUUGGUGUCUCCAGGUUCUCCUUCAAGACUGAUGGGAGUUGGUCCAUCUGCCUCGCCUUUUCCCAUGGUGCCAAUUUCAUCACAAUUACACACUGGGCCUGUAGGUACGCAAGGCUCCGCUGUUUUGCCAGGAAACAUUCCUGUGGGUACCAUGAAUCGCAUUCCUCAACCUGCGGUGGCUACUGAUAAGUCUCGAAUGGCACAGCAAGAAUAUUCAGCUGAUUUGAAUCAACCCAUGCCAAAAGAAAUAGAAGAUGAAGCAAAUGGAUACUUUCAAAGGAUUUAUAAUCACCCACCUCAUCCAACCUUAUCUAUUGAUGAAGUACUUGACAUGCUUAAAAAGUUUCAAGAUUCGAACAUCAAAAGAGAAAGAGAUGUUUACACGUGCAUGCUACGAAAUCUUUUUGAGGAAUAUAAAUUUUUUCCUCAGUAUCCCGAAAAAGAGUUGCACAUAACAGCUCAACUUUUUGGAGGCAUAAUCGAACGAAGCCUUGUCAACAGUUAUGUUAGUUUAGGAAUGGCAUUGAGAUUUGUCCUAGACUCCCUUCGUAAAAAAGAAGAUACAAAGAUGUAUUACUUUGGUUUAGCUGCGCUAGAUCGUUUCAAAUCUAAAUUAAAGGAGUAUUCAACGUAUUGUAUUCACGUGCGCAAUAUCCCGCACUUUGUUGAAUUUCCUGACCAUUUGAUCGAAUAUGUAGAAUAUGGACUUCAAUCUCAAGAACCACCAACGCGUCCACAAGGUCCAAUAGUACCAAAGUCAAGUAAUGUUCUUGGUUCCGGUACAGUAACCACACCAUUCAAAACCAUUACCACAACUACUGUCACAACCACCACGACUCAAACUAAACCAUCAACCACACCUACGAGUGCUUUGGGCACGGGUCGACCUAGUAUAGCAAACGCCACAAACAUUGAUACUUUGCUUGUAGCCACAGAUAAAGAAGAGAAAAUAACCAGUCCACCUGAAUCACUGCAAGAUAAAACCGCCUUUAUAUUCAACAAUUUAAGCCAGUUAAAUCUGCAACAAAAAUGUGACGAGAUUAGAGAAAUUGUAACGGAAGAGUAUUGGCCAUGGAUGGCCCAGUAUCUGGUUAUGAAGAGAGCCAGUAUUGAGCUAAAUUUCCACGCUUUGUAUUCGAACUUUUUGGAUUGUUUAAAGAUACCGGAAGUUAACAAAAUGGUCACACGAGAGACCUUUAGAAACAUCAAAGUUCUUUUACGAAGUGACAAAGGCAUAGCCAAUUUCUCUGACCGUUCUUUAUUAAAGAAUCUUGGUCACUGGUUGGGCAUGCUUACAUUAGGUCGUAACAAGCCGAUUUUAACAGUUGAUAUUGAUCUUAAAAGCUUACUUAUUGAAGCUUACUGCAAAGGUCAGCAAGAAUUAUUGUAUGUUGUGCCUUUUGUGGCCAAAGUUUUGGAAAGUUGUGCUAAAAGUCGUGUCUUUCGUCCUCCUAACCCGUGGACCAUGGCAAUAAUGAAUGUUCUUGCGGAACUUCAUCAAGAGCAAGAUCUUAAGUUAAAUCUUAAAUUUGAGAUUGAAGUUUUGUGUAAAAAUUUGAAUAUCGAUGUGGCAGAACUAAAACCGGCAAUAUUUUUGAAAGAUCCUGAAAGAGCUCGCAAUAUUGAGUAUCAACUAUCGCAGCCUCCUAAAAAGAAUGAGAAUAUCAAUAAUGCUAAUAAUCAACAGCAAACCAAUGAAGCCAACAAUCAAUCUGCUACGAUAAUUCACCAGCAGCAGCAACUUCAACAACAACAACAGCAGCAGCAACAACAACAACAACAACAACAACAACAACAACAACAACAACAACAGCAACAGCAACAACAACAGCAACAACAACAGCAGCAACACCAACAGCAGCAGCAACAACACCAACAACAGCAGCAGCAGCAACAACAGCAACAGGUGCAGCAAGUACCCUCUGUUGCCAAUACCACACCUUCACUUCCAAGUGUACCAAUUGAACCACGAUUCAGUUUAAAUGAUAUAAACACGUCAAAUAUUGGAAAUAUCCAAUCGCAAAUAACAAUUAACAGCAGUUUACAAAUAUUCCAAACUCACCCUCACCUGAAACAGUUUGUUCGUCAAGCUGUUGAACGUGCCAUUCAAGAAUGGAUACAUCCAGUUGUCGACCGCUCUAUCAAAAUUGCCAUAACAACAACAGAGCAAACUGUAAGAAAAGAUUUUGCAAUGGACGGUGAUGAAUCAAAAAUGCGUACCGCUGCCAAAAGCAUGGUUCGCAAUCUUACUGCUGGAAUGGCUAUGAUAACAUGUCGAGAUCAGAUCCUUGGAUCAAUUAGUACCAAUUUGAAAAGUGCAUUUAAUAUGAUUGGGUUGACACAACAACAAAAGGAAUUAGCAGAUCAAGCAGCCAACGUAGUUGCUACUGAUAAUAUGGAAUUAGCUUGUGCUUUUAUCCAAAAGACGGCCAUCGAAAAAGCUAUACCUGAAAUGGAUAAAAGGUUGAUGCCGGAAUAUGAUGCAAGAAAAGUCGCCAAGAGCGAGGGAAGAAGAUUUACUAAUCCAAUAUCCAAUUUCCAAAAUGAUCGCCUACCAGAACCCUUAAAAUUAAAGUCAACUGGUGUUACUCCUCAACAAAUGGCAGUUUAUGAAGAGUUUGCUCGCAAUAUACCUGGCUUCUUACCAAUGACUUCAGAUCGUGAACGUGAUAUAUCACUUUAUAUACCAAAAAGUAUUGUUGAAAUAACACCGGUUCAACCUGUACAACCAUUUGCAGCUUCUACUGUACCAACUAUGCCAGUUCUAAAUGCACAAGUUUACCCAUCAACUGUUAGUAAUGAUGAAGUUGGUGCUAUGUUAGAAAAACUUGCAAGUGAAGUGGAAGUGAUGAUUACGACUUUGAACUCUACUUCUCCACAACAAAAUACUUCAUUACAUGGUUUGUUAGAAGCGAUCAUUGUAACACGUAGAUCUCGUGAUGCUACCGCAGCAAUGACGAUGUUGAAAAAAGCCGUUGAUAAUCUUAUUGAUGGACCACCUUUAACAAAUAAUUUAAUGGAUUCUGAAACUGUUAUGCGUUACCGCGAUCUUCACCUGCGAGUAUUAAAGUGCCUUCAAGAUCCUCGCGCUUAUGGGUUGCAAUGGACCAACAAAAACGUAACUCGUUGCCUCACGGAAAGUCGAGAAGAUUUCAGGUAUAAUUUUGAGGCCGUAGAUUUACUCAUCCGAUCCCAUUUGAUCAUAUUGGGUCAGUAUGAUGUGGCUCUGGCACAAGCGGUCGAAGCAGGGAAUGCGCUUGCUACUGCCUUUGCUAUUCAACUUAUUCAGUUGUAUUUAAUCGAUGAGAGACAAACUAUCCAUGUUACCGAAUCCGAUUUAUUCCAUACCAUUGAGGUACUCGCUCGAAUGGCCCUUCACAGGUCUGCACCAGAAGGAAUUCCGCUAUUCAGAUUAAAUUCAUUAAUCGAAUCAUUGCGUAUUAAUCACGACCCAGCUGUUCUAACCGAUAGAGCACCAGCUGGUCCCACUGCUCACAUACACUCUGGCAUAUUACAAGUUCGCCAGGCACGUGAGUACGAAGAUCCACCUGGAUUGAUGGAAAAAACUGAAUAUCUUUUGCGAGAGUGGGUGAAUAUGUUCCAUAAUCCGCAGUAUGCACGCGAUCCAACUAAAGCUUUCGGAGUCUUUGUGCAUCAGAUGAAUAUUCAUGGAAUUCUGAAGACUGAUGAUCUCAUAACACGUUUCUUCAAACUUAGUACCCAGAUGUGCGUCGACCACUGUUAUCGUGCUCUAAGCGAAACUAGUUCUGCCCCAUCAAUUGUUCGAGCGAAAUGUUUCCACACUCUCGAUGCAUUUGUUAGGCUUGUUGCUCUAUUAGUUAAACAUUCAGGGGAUUCUACAAAUACUCACACGAAGAUAAAUUUACUCAACAAAGUUCUUGGCAUCGUAGCAGGUGUUCUUUUACAAGAUCAUGAACUGCGCAGUACUGAUUUUCAGCAGUGCCCGUAUCACCGUAUUUUUAUAAUGUUGUUUCUGGAGCUUUGUGCUCCUGAACCAGUUCUUGAAGCUGUUAACUAUCAAGUUCUUACAGCUUUUUGCCACACUUUCCAUAUUCUCAGACCUGCCAAAGCGCCAGGUUUCUGUUAUGCUUGGCUUGAACUAGUAUCCCAUCGUGUUUUUAUCGGACGUAUGCUCGCCAUUACACCACAACAACGUUGCUGGGGUAUAUACGCUCAACUUUUGAUUGAUCUCUUUAAGUAUCUUGCUCCUUAUCUCCGUAAUGCUGAAUUGGCCAAACCAGUCACACUUUUGUACAAAGGUACUCUACGUGUAUUGCUUGUUUUGCUACACGACUUUCCAGAGUUUUUGUGUGACUAUCAUUAUGGAUUUUGCGAUGUUAUCCCACCUAAUUGCAUUCAAAUGCGUAAUCUUAUAUUGAGUGCGUUUCCACGUAAUAUGCGCUUACCUGAUCCAUUCACACCAAAUCUGAAAGUGGAUAUGCUUCAGGAGAUCACUCAUGCUCCUAGGGUACUUACCAAUUUUGCUUCGAUGAUUCAGCCUAUCACAUUUAAAAAAGAACUUGAUGUGUACUUGAAAACGCGUGCUCCAGUUACUUUCCUAGGAGAUCUUCGCACUAAUCUUCAGCAAGGGCAGGGGCUAGGCAUGCGUUACAACAUUCAGCUAAUGAAUGCAUUGGUCAUCUAUGUAGGCACUCAGGCAAUUAAUUUCAUCCGAAGCAAAGGACAUGCACCAAGUAUGUCGACAAUCGCGCAUUCAUCACAUAUGGAUAUUUUCCAGAAUUUAGCAGUCGAUUUAGAUACAGAGGGUCGUUACUUGUUCCUCAAUGCAAUCGCUAAUCAGUUGCGUUAUCCUAAUAGCCAUACGCACUAUUUUAGUUGUACUCUUUUGUACUUGUUUGCUGAAGCUAAUACUGAGGCAAUACAAGAACAGAUAACACGAGUACUGCUUGAGAGACUGAUUGUUAAUCGACCCCAUCCAUGGGGCUUGCUAAUCACAUUUAUUGAACUUAUUAAAAACCCAAACUACAAGUUUUGGCAACACGAGUUCGUUCAUUGCGCGCAAGAAAUUGAAAAAUUAUUUGAAUCAGUAGCUCGUUCUUGUAUGGUCCAGAAGCAGGUCCAACCAACACCAGAACCAGAAAUCCCAGAGUGAUAAAACGUUUUCUUCUUUGUCGAUUUUCUUGUACAGUAAAUACGUUAUAUAAGCGUGUAAAAAGUUGUUAAUCUAGAUGUACGAUACUUUAGACUUGAAAUUUUUUUUGAAUUUAAGUAUAAAUAUAUACAUAAUAUACAUACAUUAUUUGUAAAAUUUAGUUAUAAAUAAGUAGUAAAUAAUGCAAUAUGUUAAUAUUUUAAUAUAAAACUGAGCAGAUUUUCGUUGCAUGAGUGAGACAAAAAGUAUGUAUGAGAAUAAAGCAACGAAUCUCUACAAAUCUCUUAAAAUUGUGUCUUUCUGAAUGAUAUACUCGUCGUCGGGUUUGUUUAGCAUUGUAUUUUAUACCUUAUAGGAUAUUAUAUUAAGAUCAGAAAAAUACUUCGAAUUAAUUAAUUGUUGUGUGAAAUAACAGCAUCUCGUGGAAUGCGAUUCGAUGACGAUUAUGCUAGUUAAUUUUUAAGUUUAAAUAUAUAAAUUUAAAUGAAAUGUGCGAUGAUAAAAUAAUCGAAUUAAAUCUCAAAACAUACAAUAAUACUUGAGAAAGAAAUAAUUAUCUCGUAAAUACGUCUAAAGCGAAAGUGGGCUGCUCGUAGACGUAUAAUUUCAAGAUAAAAUGGUACUCCAAUGUAAUAUUGUACAAAAAAACGUGUUUUUUAUAAGUUUACGCUUGUAACGCGACAAGGAAAAAAAGGAAACGUUAUGUAAAAAUUUCAUUUACGAAUGAUAUUUAUUAAAUAAGUCAAAAAAUUUCUA